GAGAGGACCGAGAGACCAGCGAUCGGCGCCGCUCACUUGUCUUUCCAGUGUUCCGCAGCCCACUUCGCCACCGUCCAGCCAAACCGACCCGAAUCAUGGAUCCGCGGCUGGUGUUCUCCUUUGUUUUGGUCGCGGCCGCCUGCUGCGUGUCGGCCCAGCACGACCACCACAACCACCAGCACCACUGGGUGAAUGUAACGGUGUAUUAUGAAUCUCUCUGUCCGGAUUCGAGAAAAUUCUUCACCCAACAGCUGUACCCUUCGCUACAGACCAACCUAUCCAACUUUGUAAACUUAACACUUGUGCCAUACGGAAAAACUAAGGUCAUCAUUUUCCUUCCAGGGUCGAACCAGCUGGCGCUUUUCGGGAAAAUAACGGACGAUCUGCAGAAACCUUUGAAGGGGGUGCCGACCAUAGUAUUCAACGACGUGUAUAAGGCGGAGGACAACUCCCUGGCCCAGUCGAACUUCGUGAAGGCCCUUUGCCAGUACAUCGUGGGCGCCAAACCAGAGGAAUGCUCGAAGAACGGCGCGGGGAGCCUGAGCAUCAGCCUGGCUUGUUUGGUUCUGGCCUUGGUGUUCUCCCGCUCCUUCUAAGCGCGUACUCGCGUUCAAAAUGUUCUUAAGCAAUCUCCUCUCGACCAAAUCUCGAUCGAACCAAGUACCUUUAAACUAGCCUUCGUUGUACAUACGUCUUAGUGUCUCACCAUGCCUUAUCGCGCAUAAAAUAUAUUAUAUAUACAGUAUUUACUUAAAACGUCUACACUUUUUUAAUGUUAUUGCCAUUGUAAGCGAAGUAGACGUUACACUUCUAUUUUUACUCAAAUUGUUGCCGGGUGUGUGUUAGAUUUUUAAUUGUACCUAAUGUGAUUUUUUUAAAUAAAGUUAACUUUUUUUGGCCA